AUUUUGAGCAAAAAUAAAAACGGAAUAAGAACGGUUUUAAAUUUAAAGUUAUUAAUUAAAACCAAAAACUUCGAAUAAAUUUUUUGUUAUCAAAAUUCAAAAACUACUUUAACGUCAUCUGAUAAUUAUUGAUAUAUUUCAUAAUUUAUAAUUAUAUUUUGAUUUGACUACUGGAAAAUGUUUCCAUUCACUCGUAAUUACUUUCGUUAUCAAAACCAAUCUUUGAUCAAACGCACAUUUUUGACGACUAAACGAGGGAUUAUGAUUUUAGCUUUUAUUUGGUGCUUACCUAUCUGCUAUAUGAUUUCAAAAAAAGAAGAACUUACUACGCAUCUAAUAAGAAAAAGAUUUGAUUGCAGAUAUAUUUUCACGGCACCCGAAACUACAACAACGCUAAAUACUGUCAUCAGAAAGAAUUUUACGACACCACCUCAAAAUGUGGCAAAUAUUUCAAAGAAUGCUCAACGUAGCGUGAUUUUUUUAAAAACACAUAAAACAGGUUCAUCUACAAUAACCAACAUUAUGCAAAGAUAUUCAAAGUCAAAUAAACUGAAUGUUGCUUUGCCUAAGUGUGAACACAGAUUUUGUUACCCUGAAAAAUUUGACAAGAAUCUUCUAUUUUUACACACUAAAGGUAACACAUACAAUAUGCUGUUCAACCACGCCGUGUUUUACAAAGAAAAAAUGUUAAAAGUAAUGGAUCCUGGUACUAAAAUAAUCACAAUAAUUAGAGAACCCUACUCCCAGUUUGAUUCUGCAGUUCAAUAUUUAAAUUUCAAAAAAUAUUUCAAUCUUAGUGGCAUCUUGCCAUUGUUGGACGAAUUUUUCAAAAUCCCAGAAGAAUCAUUAAAGUCUUUUCUUCAAUCUGUAAAUUUAUUAGAAGGAGAAGGCUCAUUUGCAUUAGCUAAAAACCCAAAUGCGUUUGAUUUAGGUUUUGACGUAUGGAACGAAACACCCGAAUAUAUAAAUGAAGUUUUAAAUUCUAUUUCGCAAGACUUUCAUCUGGUUAUGAUCAUGGAAUACAUGGAAGAGUCUUUGGUUUUGUUGAAAAAUGAGUUGAAUUGGGAGUUAGAAGAUGUUGUUUUUUUUGUUCACAAUGCACGAAAAUUUAAAGACAAAAACACCAAUAACAUAAAUGACGCAACUAAAAAAGUUUUAAAUUGGAACAAGCUUGACGCAGCAAUUUAUAAACACUUUAACGAAACCUUCUGGGUAAAGGUAAAAACAAGCCCUCCGGAAUUUUACACUGACGUGAAGACAUUAAGGGAAUGGAACUUAAGCCUAGUCAAUCAUUGUACUUUAUAUAAAACUACUGAUGUAUCAAACACUUUAAUCAAGAAGUAUUCUGAAAAAAAUCGAGCAUAUUUAUGCACUGAUAUUUUAAAAGAGGAUAUUCCAUUUACUGUUUGGUUCAAGAUGAUGCGCCAAUUUAAUUCGAGAAGUUUAUUUUCAAAUAAAUGGUAGGCUUCAAAAUUAAAGUUUUGGAGAAAACGUUUUUUACAAACAUAUUUUUUAUUAUUUGUUUUGACCAACCAACUCUACAAAAUUUGGUAAGAAACUUUUGAUAACUUAAAAAAAAACAUUUAAAUUAAAGUACAAACUUUGUUUAUAAAGCGCAAAAUAUUUUUGCUGACGAGUUUCAAAUAAACUAUUUUUCAAUUUA